CUUGUUCCUAGCACGAGGGCCGCCAUCUUGUCUUUGCAUUAGCAGAAGAACUAGCGUAUUUUUAGGACAUGGCUAGUGAAGACGCGAAGGACGAUCUCACAGAGGUCAAUCAAGAGAAGGAAGAGAGUACAGAAAACAAUGACGCUGCGACGUCGGAUGCUAAAGAAGAAAGUAGCGACGAUAAAAAGACAGAGAAAGACGGAGAGGAAGAUGAAAAAGAAGUCAAGUUGUAUGUCGGCAAUCUUCCCGAUCAGUGCAGGCGAGCAUCUCUGAAGGAGCUGUUUGACAAAUAUGGAAAAGUAUCACAGUGUGACAUCGUCAAUAACUUUGCUUUUGUGGUAAGUCUUUCGGAUAUAUUCUCUCACAAUAGCAAGCUACAACUAGUCAUUAAUAUUUGCAAGACACUAUUUGUAUGGGUUUGGAACAAAGCAAUUUGCUUUGAGGAACGUUACAUAUCCCUGCGCUUAGUCAGUUUAUUUUAUUUACCCUUAAAUGCAACUAAAUAGAUAAAUGAGUAAAUACAAAAUAAACAAAUAGUAGCAUCGAUUUUAUUUGCUACAUGUAUUUAUAAACAAAAUAUUGGAGGAGAAACUGCAACC